UGCAUUUUUACGGUCUUGGUAUCGUCCAGUAAGGAGGAUGGAGUCCAUGGUGACUUUAAUUUCUGCACAACUCUGAUUUCUUUCUUUCUCAAUCAGGAAACUACAAUGCACAGCUUCGCAGAAGUAGAGCGCGAGGCUAUCACAGCGGUGUUCAGGAUCAACAACAGCUUUCCCACUCCCUUGUCGGCAGCUGUCAACCAUGAGACAGACACUUCCAACGGGACCCGUUAUAUCUCAAUUUCCACGGUGUGGAGUCAGGUGGAACACACCAGGGCAACCCGUCUAUCCUUCUCUCAGAGCUGGACUCUACAGUGCGACCGCAAGAGUGUGCUGCAAUGCCUUCCACCAUCGCCCUGCACACACACCAACAGAGAGUUACUUAACAGCUACUCGCCUUCAGGAACUUAUCAGGCGGUUAUCAGUCAGGCAUCAGGACGCCAGUAUCUGGAGGUAUGGUCCAGCAGUGGUCUGCAGACGAGCCUGGAUCUCACGGCUCUGAAUGUGCAUGGGGCUGUGUAUGAGGAUGGUAACUGCCCUUAUGCGUGUCUGGCCUGGACGGCAAGUGAGCGCCGGCUGCUCUAUGUUGCUGAGAAGAAGAGGCCAGCCAAGGCAGAGGCAGAGCCGCCUUCAUCACCUCCGCCUGCUUUCUCUUCAUCGGCCCGGGCAUCUCCUGGAGAGGCGUUUGAUGAUAAGAAUGUGUAUGUGGAGGACUGGGGAGAGGGCCUCACUGGUCGGAGCUCGUCUGUGUUGUGUGUAGCUGACCUGGACAAAGGUGAUGUGACCGUCCUCAAGAACGUCCCACUGCACACAAGCCCUGCCCAGGCUCUUUGGACUCCAGAUGGAGAAGGCGUGAUCUAUGUUGGGUGGUUUGAGGAUCCUUUCAGACUAGGCUUGAAGUUCUGCUCCAAUCGCAGGUCCGGUUUGUAUCACCUAGAUUUGCAGGGCCAUCUUGAGAACUUGACAGACUGGUCAAUCACUGGUCAGAGUGUGUCGUGUCCUCGCCUUAGUCCUGAUGGACGCUGGCUGGUGUACCUGAAGGGGGAAGUGUUUGGACCUCACCACCAGUGCCUCAGCCUCCAGCAGUAUGACUGGCAGACCAAGAAGACCUCUGUGCUGCUGGAUGUUGUGAAAAGGCCAAAGCCAGGAGAAUUUGCAGGAAUUUAUGAGGCUUUGCCAUCACGUUGUUGGUCCGCAGACAGUCAAAGGAUCAUCUUCAGCAGCGCUCGUGGAAACUACAAGGAUCUUUUUGUGUUGGAUAUAAUAAGCAAAAGAGUGACUCGGCUCUCAGACACCUCUGAGUUUGGCUGUUGGAAGCUGCUGCUGGUUCAUAAUGACCUGCUGGUGGUCAGCUGUUCGGCCCCCAACUGUCCCCCACGCCUGAGGGUGGGUUUCCUGCCUCCUGCAGGUGGAGAGGCUGGGAUCUCCUGGGUGACCCUGAAUGACCCCUCGUUGAACUGUGAGCUGGAGUGGAGGGCGCCUGAGUUGAGUCCUGCUCCCCAGGAGGAGAACGUCCAGUUCUCGGGUCUGUGGAUUGGGGUGUUGCUGGUGAAGAGGGUCGUUCGUGACCGCUCGAAGCUACCUUUGGUGGUCUUCAUUCAUGGCGGUCCACACUCUCAGUUCUGUGCAGAGUGGAUCCCCAGCGUCGCAGCUUUGGCCAGUCUGGGCUACGCUGUGCUCAUGGUGAACUACCGUGGCUCUACUGGCUUUGGGCAAGAUAGCAUCCUCUCUCUGACUGGGAACAUUGGUUGCCAGGAUGUCAAGGAUGUACAGAGGGCCGUUCUGUAUGCACUGCAGGAUGAUGUGACCCUUGACCCCCAGCGAGUUGUGGUGAUGGGCGGGUCACAUGGUGGCUUUCUGGCCUGUCAUCUUGUCGGUCAGUACCCAGACUUCUACAAAGCGUGUGCAGCCCGCAAUCCUGUUAUCAACGCUGCCACACUUGUUGGCACUAGUGAUAUAGUGGACUGGCGAUACUCCUCUAUAGGACUGAAGUACUCAUUUGGGCAGCUGCCCACUUCAGAGGCCCUGAGCCUCAUGCUGGAGAGAUCACCCAUCAUACAUGCAGAACAGAUCCGUGCGCCUGUGUUGCUGAUGUUGGGAGCUAAAGACAGGAGAGUGUCCCCCCACCAGGGCCUGGAGCUCUACAGAGCACUGAAAAGCAGGCACUCCCCUGUCAGGCUGCUGUGGUUUGUGGAGGAUGGCCACUCUCUUGGGAGUGUGGAAACUCAGGCAGACUGCUUCAUCAAUAUUGUGUUAUGGUUCCAGCAAGCUUUGAAAUUGAAGUGACGUUGAGACAGCGCACACACACACACACCCUCUCUCCUCCUUUCAUAAGCUCCCUACUACAGUGACAAUACUGUGUUUUAUAGCAAUGUUUUGCAGUGGUUAUUAUGAGACUCAUAAAGCACGCUGAGACUUGACAUACUGGA